AUGGUCACAGCUGGUACUGCAGAUUUAAACAUCGAUAGCAUCAUCGACAGGCUCCUCGAAGUUCGUGGAAGCCGUCCAGGUCGUCAAGUCAACCUUACCGAACAAGAAGUCAGGAAUCUCUGUGUUCGCGCCCGUGAUAUCCUCAUUUCCCAGCCCAUCCUACUGGAACUUGAAGCUCCUCUAAAGAUCUGUGGCGACGUCCACGGACAAUACUACGACCUUCUCCGUCUCUUUGAAUACGGAGGGUUUCCGCCUGAAGCCAACUAUCUCUUCCUUGGCGAUUACGUUGACCGUGGCAAGCAGAGCUUAGAAACCAUCUGCUUACUUUUAGCUUACAAGGUCAAAUACCCAGAAAACUUUUUCCUCCUCAGAGGCAACCACGAAUGUGCCUCCAUCAACAGAAUUUACGGCUUUUAUGACGAGUGCAAACGCCGGUACAACAUCAAGCUGUGGAAAACCUUCACAGACUGCUUCAAUUGUCUGCCUAUAGCUUCUAUUAUUGACGACAAAAUCUUCUGCAUGCACGGAGGACUCAGCCCAGAGCUCAGCAAUAUGGAACAGAUCAGAAGAAUUAUGAGGCCAAGCGACGUUCCAGACACUGGACUUAUAUGUGAUUUGUUGUGGAGUGAUCCUGAUAAAGAUGUACAAGGCUGGGGAGAAAAUGACAGAGGCGUCAGUUUUACUUUUGGCCCGGAAAUUGUGGCGAAUUUUUUGAGAAAACAUGACUUAGACCUGGUGUGUAGAGCGCAUCAGGUCGUAGAAGAUGGAUAUGAAUUUUUUGCGAAAAGACAAUUGGUGACCCUUUUUUCAGCUCCGAAUUAUUGUGGAGAAUUUGAUAAUGCAGGAGCUUUAAUGAGCGUUGACGAAACCUUAAUGUGCAGCUUCCAGAUCUUAAAACCAGCAGACAAGAAGAUGGGAGGCCAAAUUGGGGUAGGCGCAAACAGACCUUAUACUCCUCCAAGGACCAAAGCUCCACAAAAGAGCUUCACUUAA